UUAUCUGAAAGUUUUUGGACACAUAAAGGUACAAAAGCAGUGAACCAGACAUCAUUCAUUUUCAUGGCUAGCUACACUUGUGGCGCCAAAUAACUCCAUAACUGAACCUCACCCACAAACCCCAAUCUCCCAUCAACAACGACGUCAGCAACAAAAACACAAUUGAUAAUCAAUGGCUCUCUUCAAUACCCCAUCAUCAUCUCUUUUGCAGACACAAAAUUUCUUUACUAGUCCUAAGAAAAUAUCACCCUUCUUGAUCACUGUUUCUUGCUCAAAAUCACCAUCACAGCCGACGUCAUCGCCUUCUCCUGUUGAUGAUAAUAGUGAGAAUGAAGAGCCAAAGAGAAGAUUAUCACAGCAAUCAUCAUGGGAAGCUAAGGAUUCAGAGGGAAAAGACUAUCUUUACAGGCUAGGAAAAGAAGCUGAUAAUAUGAACAUUGCGGUUGGAGCUAGGGCUGGUGUUGUUGAUUCUCUUUUUGCUGGAAAUUUUCUUGGCAAAGACUCUGAUAUUGUGUUUGAUUACCGUCAAAAAGUGACAAGAUCAUUUGAGUAUCUUCAAGGCGAUUAUUACAUUGCUCCUUUGUUCUUGGAUAAAGUUGUGUGCCAUAUUGUGAAGAACUACCUAGCUCAUCGUCUGAACGUCAAAGUUCCUUUGAUUCUAGGUAUCUGGGGAGGAAAAGGCCAAGGAAAAUCAUUUCAGACUGAACUUAUUUUUCAAACCUUGGGAGUUGAACCUGUAAUUAUGUCUGCUGGAGAAUUAGAAUCAGAAAGAGCUGGAGAACCAGGAAGAUUGAUCAGGGAACGCUAUAGAACUGCUUCCCAAGUGGUCCAAAACCAAGGAAAGAUGAGCUGUUUGAUGAUCAAUGACCUUGAUGCUGGCCUUGGUAGAUUUGGAAAUACUCAAAUGACAGUCAACAAUCAAAUCGUUGUGGGGACUCUAAUGAAUUUGUCAGAUAAUCCUACAAGGGUUAGUAUUGGACAAGAUUGGCGAGAAUCAGAUAUCACAAACAGAGUUCCAAUCAUUGUUACUGGAAAUGAUUUUUCAACAAUUUAUGCUCCCUUGAUUCGUGAUGGAAGGAUGGAAAAAUUUUACUGGCAGCCUAACCGGGAAGAUAUUGUGAAUAUUGUUCACAGAAUGUAUGAGAAGGAUGGCAUAUCCAGAGAUGAGGUUGUGAGCAUUGUGAACAAAUUUCCUAAUCAAGCUUUGGAUUUCUAUGGAGCUCUUAGGUCCAGAACAUACGACAGGUCAAUUUCUAAGUGGGUCGAUGAUAUUGGAGGUAUUGAAAAUCUUGGUAAACAACUUCUCAGGCGAAAGAAGGAUGAGAAACUUCCUGAGUUUACUCCCCCAGAGCAAACGAUGGAGGCUUUGCUUGAAUCAGGCCACUCUCUCAUAAGAGAGCAGCAGCUGAUUAUGGAGACUAAGCUUUCAAAGGAAUACAUGAAGAAUGUUGAUGACUAGAAAGUAGGAUGGAAAAUGCAGCAUCUGAGAUUAGAGAAGAUAAGAAUGAAUGAAUUCCUUGUUUCCAUCUGCUGCGUUUGCAGGAAAGUACUCGUUUAUCAGAUGAGUUAAAAGAAAGAUGCCACAUGCUCAUCUUGCUGCUAGUUUCCUCUUUACUUCCAUGUAAAGUCAGGCAAAUUUCUUGACUUGUGGAAAACAAGAAAAGCCUCAAGACAGAAUGUAGCUCAAAAGUCAAAAUAACAAAACAACUAAAACGGUCAGCAAAUUCAGUGGGGGUGAUGCAAAUAUUUUUCUAUUUA